UCCUCCUACAAGGGAAAGUCAUGAUUACACUAACAGAGCUAAAAUGUUUAGCAGACGCCCAGUCGUCUUAUCACAUCCUAAAACCGUGGUGGGACGUCUUUUGGUAUUACAUCACCCUGAUCAUGCUGCUGGUGGCCGUGCUGGCUGGAGCCCUCCAGCUCACACAGAGCAGGGUUCUGUGCUGUCUUCCAUGUAAGGUGGAAUUCGACAAUCACUGCGCCGUGCCUUGGGACAUCCUGAAAGCCAGCGUGAACACAUCCUCCGAUCCCGGGACGCCACUUCCGCUCCCCCUCAGAAUCCAGAAUGACCUCCACCGACAGCAGUACUCCUACAUCGACGCCGUCUGUUAUGAGAAGCAGCUCCACUGGUUCGCAAAGUUCUUUCCCUACCUGGUGCUCUUGCACACGCUCAUCUUUGCAGCCUGCAGCAACUUUUGGCUGCACUACCCCAGUACCAGUUCCAGGCUCGAGCAUUUUGUGGCCAUCCUUCACAAGUGCUUCGAUUCUCCAUGGACCACCCGUGCCCUGUCAGAGACGGUGGCUGAGCAGUCAGUGAGGCCCCUGACACUCUCCAAGUCCAAGGUUUUGCUUUCUUCCUCAGGGUGCUCAGCUGACGUUGAUUCCAACAAGCAGUCAUUGCCCUACCCACAGCCUGGCUUAGAGUCAGCUGGCAUAGAAAGCCCAACUUCUAGCGUCCUGGACAAGAAGGAGGGCGAACAGGCCAAAGCCAUCUUUGAAAAAGUGAAAAGGUUCCGCAUGCACGUGGAACAGAAGGAUAUCAUUUAUAGAGUGUAUCUGAAGCAGAUAAUAGUCAAAGUCAUUUUGUUUGUCCUCAUCAUAACUUAUGUUCCGUAUUUUUUAACCUACAUUACUCUUGAAAUUGACUGUUUAGUGGAUGUGCAGGCUUUUACUGGAUAUAAGCGCUACCAGUGUGUCUACUCCUUGGCAGAAAUAUUUAAGGUCCUGGCUUCAUUUUAUGUCAUCUUGGUUAUACUUUAUGGUCUUACCUCCUCCUACAGCUUGUGGUGGAUGCUGCGGAGUUCUCUGAAGCAAUAUUCUUUUGAGGCGCUGAGAGAAAAAAGCAACUACAGUGACAUCCCGGAUGUCAAGAAUGACUUCGCCUUCAUUCUCCAUCUGGCUGAUCAGUAUGAUCCUCUUUACUCCAAACGCUUCUCCAUAUUCCUGUCGGAGGUCAGUGAGAACAAACUGAAACAGAUCAACCUCAACAACGAAUGGACGGUCGAGAAACUGAAAAGUAAGCUUGUGAAAAAUUCCCAGGACAAGAUAGAGCUGCAUCUUUUCAUGCUAAACGGUCUUCCAGACAAUGUCUUUGAGCUGACAGAAAUUGAAGUGCUAAGCCUGGAGCUGAUCCCGGAGGUCAAGCUGCCUUCUGCAGUCUCGCAGCUGGUCAACCUCAAGGAGCUCCACGUGUACCAUUCAUCUCUGGUGGUCGACCAUCCUGCCCUGGCCUUUCUAGAGGAGAAUUUGAAAAUCCUCCGCCUGAAAUUUACUGAAAUGGGGAAAAUUCCACGCUGGGUAUUUCAUCUGAAGAAUCUCAAGGAACUUUACCUGUCAGGUUGUGUUCUACCUGAGCAGGUGAGUACCAUGCAGUUGGAGGGCUUUCAGGACUUGAAAAACCUGAGGACCCUCUACUUGAAGAGCAGCAUCUCCCGGAUCCCACAAGUCAUUACAGACCUCCUGCCUUCGCUGCAGAAGUUGUCCCUUGAUAACGAGGGGAGCAAGCUGGUUGUGUUGAACAACUUGAAAAAGAUGGUCAAUCUGAAAAGCCUGGAGCUGAUCAGCUGCGACCUGGAACGCAUUCCGCACUCCAUUUUCAGUCUGAACAAUUUGCAUGAGUUAAACCUCAAAGAAAAUAACCUUAAAACUGUGGAAGAGAUCAUUAGCUUUCAGCAUCUCCAGAAUCUUUCCUGCUUAAAGUUGUGGCACAAUAACAUAGCUUAUAUUCCGGCCCAGAUUGGGGCAUUAUCUAAUCUAGAGCAGCUCUCUUUGGACCAUAAUAACAUUGAGAAUCUGCCCCUGCAGCUUUUCCUAUGCACCAAACUACAUUAUCUGGAUCUAAGCUAUAACCACCUGACCUUCAUUCCAGAAGAAAUCCAGUAUCUGAGUAAUUUGCAGUACUUCGCUGUGAACAACAACAACAUUGAGAUGCUACCAGAUGGGCUGUUUCAGUGCAAAAAGCUGCAGUGUUUACUUUUGGGGAAAAAUAGCCUGAUGAGCUUGUCCCCUCAUGUGGGUGAGCUGUCGAACCUUACUCAUCUGGAGCUCAUUGGUAAUUACCUGGAAAUACUUCCUCCUGAACUGGAAGGAUGUCAAUCCCUCAAACGAAGCUGUCUGAUUGUCGAGGAGAAUUUGCUCAAUACUCUUCCUCCCCCUGUAACAGAACGUUUGCAGACAUGCUUAGAUAAAUGUUGACCUAAAGAGGAAAAUCAUUUUUAAAAGUACACUCCAGGGCUUUAUCUGAGAACUCAAUUUUCCUAAGUUAUAAAGAUGAACAAUGGAUAAUUAUGACUAACUAUAACCAAAUGUCUUAUUAAAGCAACUCAGUGUCUAUCCCUAAAUUAAACAGGUAGAAAGUAUUAACACUGAACUGAAGUUUUGUGAAUAAUUGAUCUUUAACUUAUGGAAAUAUAGGAAGUACACUUGGAGGGUGGAAUGGGGACAUGAGAUUAUUGAGUCUCUACAUUGUAGUUUGUAUCUUUUGAAGAUUAGGUAUUACUUAUUUGCAUACUUGUUUUAACUGACUUCCUGUUUUGAUAUUUAUCACCUAGACCAUAAACUCAUCAACAUAAAUUCCCUUGAUGCACACUGAGCACUGUCUUUGAUUUAUGGUCUUAAAUAUUUUUAGGCCCAGGGUACAUUGUGCUAGGCAGAAUUCCUUCUGGCUUAAUGUUUACUUCCUGUCCCAGCUUGUUUUGAGUCUUCCUCCAUCUGAUUUUCUCUUAACAACAAUGAUGAACCCUGAGAAAGUGCCUGCCUUUGGCCUUUGCAUAGAACAGGAGCAGAGUACUUAGGACAUGUCACCCUCGGGGCAGCCUAAAAAUUAAUGUAUACUCAAAUUUCUUCUUGUAUAUCAUCAAAGCCUUUUUUAUUUGCUAAUGAUUUUUAUAUUAAAUGUAAAACAUACAAAUAUAUUUUAUUGUACAAUCUUGGAUUCAAAAUCUGAGAGUAAUUUUUGUAAGGUACAGAGAACACAUCCUUUUCUUUAAGAAUUUACUCUUAAUAUACUUGGUUUUGGCUGCUUAUGAUUCUCAUAUUUGUGCACAUUCUGUUCCAAAAUGUUUUUGUACUCUGCAACUAAUUACUUUUGGAUAACAAAAGCCUUGUGUUUCAUGCCCUAAAAUAUUUGGGGGGUUUCCUUGUAAGAGGAUGGCCACAUCAUCUACCUCUCUCUUCCCUAGUGCUGUGCUAUUGUACGGGUACAAUUCUUAAUUACUUCAAAAACUGUGAUGGAGGGGAGAGGUGCAGAUUUGGAUCUUUAAAACUGAUUUUAAAGCAUUCUGUAGAAAUUAAGUAAGAGUUAAGCAAAAUACUUUCUUCUCCAUCUGCAUGAUCUCUAGAUAGGAUUAUAAUGUAAAACACUCAGCUUAAAAUUCAGUGCUUAACAUGAGUUCUCAGAGCUCACAAAGAAAUAGAUCUGGUUAACUGAAAUUCAUCUCAUGCCUUUGUCUAACUUUUCUGGAAUACAUUUUGCUCUUUUUUAUAAAGAGCUUUGUGUUUGGCUUUUUAUUAUCAUGCAUAUUGUAAAGUGAAUAAAAUCGACUGACUCAUUUUGGGGACAUGUACAUUUUCAAUGUGUUUUUCUCUAAUGGGUCUAGGCAUUGUGAUGCCGUCUCAUUUUGGAUGUAACUAUGAAGUAAUCUAUUAACUGCACCUAGACAAAACUGGAAAACACUAUGGGUAAACAGUACUGUAAACAUGGAAUUGUGUUGUAUGGUAUGUUUUUUCUUGCUUUCUCCCUUCCAGAAAGAUGAAAAUGAGUCUAAGUUAUGGCAAAAUGUAGCUUCCCUCACCUGCCACACACCCCUGGACUAACAUUCAGAGAAAAGAAUUGUUCACAUCAAAUGAAAUUUGAGUAAUAGCUAUAAAAAAUAUAAAAUACCAAAAGCUGCCUAAAACAUUAUUGUUUAUUCUGAAUGAGAAAGAACAGUGUAAAAAUGCAAUUCUUACCAAAACUUGCCUUUAGUCAGAACAUUCAAGUUCUCAGGGAGCCAGGCAUAACUGAUGAAACUUUCUUGUAGGAUUUCAGAAAACAGAUUCUGACUAUAUCUAGGGUUUUAUGUUAUUUUCAAUCUUUUUAAUGUUGAGUUCUUUGUCAUUUUAGUGUUUCACAUCUCUGUUGCACAAUAGAAUUGUCAUGUGUACCGAUUCCAGUGUUGGAUAGGAUUAUCUUAUGUUUGGAACAUGAAUACAAUACAUGGAAAUAUGUUUAAAUGUUUUGGGCCAUAUAAUUAGCUAUAAUGUGUAUGAAAAAUCUUACCC